CGAACAGAGGCUCCGUCAAUCAAUCGCAUUGGUUCCCGCCUCGCCCGAUGUGACUUCGCCGACCUGUUGGGCGGAGUCCGGCUGAAGCAGCGAGGUCUGUAAGACUUUUUUUUUAAUAUAACUUCAGCCUGGGCUGCUGUAUUCCCUUUAUCUGUCUAGCUUCUAUUGAUCCCGCUUUUCUUGCCUUGUCUUCGACGUGAAGACAGUCGGUCAACCACCUAAUGCCUAUACUUAUGUUAGGAGUCGAGUCAGGAUGAGCGAGAACGCAGUGGUGCCGAAGCUGCCCGCUGAGAAUGGCAUACACGUACGGAGGACGGCCAUAGUGAUGCCUUUCAUCACUUUCAUGUUCGUGGUCGCGAGGUUCUAUUGCAGGAUCUACAUAGUAAGACGGCCAUGGGCUAUCGAUGACUAUGUGGUGGCAGCGACGAUGGUCAGUAUUAUCGUCCACGCCAUACUCAUGGGCAUCGCCACUUAUCACGGCAUGGGCUUGCACAUAUGGCAAUUUACGCCGGAACUCAACUCGGAAUAUUAUCUCUGGAUCGGCAUCUCCUCGGAAUUCUACGUGACGAGUCUGGCCGGCUUUAAGUGCGCUCUGCUCUUGCUCUAUCUGCAGCUCUUCGGUGUCAAUCAGAAAUUCAGGGUAGCAUGCUAUCUCACCAUGUUUUACACGCUUGGCUAUCUGACUUGCAACGCCCUUACCGAGUUUUUUGGUUGCCAUCCUAUAGCCAAGAAAUGGGAUGACGACCUUCCCGGAUGGUGUAUCAAUAGAGUUGUAGUGAAUAUCAUUUACGGAGCUGGCCACAUGACGAGCGACCUCAUUAUCGGUAUCCUACCCCUAGUAAUGGUAUGGAGGCUACAGUUCCGAACAACGAGGCAGAAGAUUGGGCUCAGCCUAGUGCUUAGCUGUGGUCUUAUUGCCUGGGCUGUGGCCUGUGUUCGCUGGGCGUUCUCAACAUACGACUCGUUAUCCUACGACCGUCCUUGGUGGUCCGGUAUCAGUUUCACCUUCUCUAUCCUUGAGGUGAACACAGGACUCAUUUGCGCCUGCACAGCGACCUUCGGUCCGUUAUUUAACAGCUUCUCUUCGCAACUUAGAUCCUGGUCCCAUCGGGCGACAGCGAGUUUGCCCAGUAACUCCCGAAAGGCAACGGCGAGCUGGCGUAGUUCUCGACAGGACAGAGACCAACCUACUUGGAGGCACGAUAGUCUCUCCGGCGACCUACCCCUGAUGCCCCCUAUCGCCCAUACAGAGGGCUACAACAAUAGCUUAGAAGAUGGUUCAUACCGCAUGGAGUCAAUUGUCACCUCGAAUGCGAAACCAUCGUCGAGUGCCGGGUCGGAUGACGGUUUUACUCGGUUUGAUCUCCAGGGGCUACAAGCGCUGCACCCUGACGAUGGGAAGAUGGUGUAAAAGACCGAACAUCCCCGUUAACCAAGUAAUUCAUCCGCUGGCUCAUGAAAUAUUAUUAGAUGAGCUGCGACACCGUUCUGCACUUCGCCUUAACGCUUCUAUGCGGUGUGACAUAGCUAGGCCGGACCGCGCCGUCGUCGCCAUUCAUAUGACACACCGUCAAUUAUUUUUAGGAGGUAUAUUUACCCACCGCUCAAUCACGAUACAGGCUUGGAGGCGCUUAUGGUAAGGAAAAUAAGGAAUCACGUCGUCAAUUCUAUGGAUACCCCUUUUUGUUAGUGGAUUAGGGAGGUAAAUUCAGGUUCAAAAAAUAUACAUAGUGAAAUGGUAAUG